GGUCCGUUUGAUCCGAUCGAAGUCUCAUCGUUCUUACAAAGGGCCGGGGCUCCCAAGAGGAGUCGACUUUCUUCUGAACCACUAUGCCGCCCGGAUUUCUCUUAGUUACGUCUUUGCCAGGGCCCAAGGUGACUCUCGAUGAGUUCCAAGACUGGUACAACAACGAGCACGUUCCGCUGCGCCUGAAUCACCUGCCGUCUUUCCUUACCGGGGCACGCUUCUCUGCCGCGGAUGAUCUCACGCCCACAUGGCUGGCUGUGUACGAUAUCGACGAUACCGCGACGUUCAAGCACGAGAGCUACACCCGCUUACGUGCCAACCGCAGCCCCCGCGAAGGCGAACUCGUGAAGCGCCUGGCGAUCCUCGAUCGCCGCACGUACGAGCUCGUCGCGGACUCGGGGGAGUCCGCACUCACCACGUCGUACAAACCCGAGAACCCGACGCAGUAUCUCGUGACCCACUCGGUGAACUUCCCAGGCGACGAGGCCGCGUUCGGCGCGUGGUCGCAGGAUCUGUUUGCGUCGCUCAAGGGUGUCGACGGCUGGGUGCGAUCGCGCACGUACAAGUGCAUCGAUAACCUGAAAUCGGGUUUGGCGGUGCCCGAAGGUCCGGACGCCCAGGUGGUUCCCAAGUACUUGGCAGUCCAUGAAUUGCUCUCUGCGUCCAUCGCCCGAUCGGCUGCCUGGGCUGCUGCUUUCAACCCUGGCGAUAAAGCUUCGCUGGAAGAGUCUCGCGAGUGGAAUCUCUACCGAGCUUAUCCUUGUGUCGCGCAGGGCAAUCUCACUGCUUGACCCUUCCAGCAAACAAACAACGAAUACAAUGUAGAGUUUAUGUAAAACCCGAAUGCAGCAACAGAUUACUCAUGCUCUGUCCGGUGGAUCUCGCAUGUUCUUCCGCGUAAUGAAAUUCCCAAGGCGGACGAUUUGCACGUUCCCGUGCCGAUAUGUAAGCUGUGCUGGAGAAUUCGAUAGCCAAACUCCACUCCAGUUGCACGCAGC